UUAAAAGUGAUGUCUAGUACUAGUAGUUGUGAAGUCCAGAGUCCCAAGUAAUUGAGUGGCAUAUAUCCAAGUGAUCCAUUAUUUAAACGAUGUAGCAGUAUUCAAGUUUCUCUCUUUUCUCUUUCUAGUCCUUGUUCUAUCUGUAUCUAAGACUAAGAGUUAAAUGAAAGAUAGGGAGCAGCUCAGAGAUGAGCUGAAAAGUAAGAAGACGUAUAUACCUGAGGUGGAAUGAAGAGGUGAUCAUGUUUUAGGUCUGAAGUGGGGAGUGAGAGAAGACAGACCAGAGCGAUGGCAGAGAGCUGAAACAAAGCUUAGAUUGAAGAGGAAAGUUCAACAUGCAAGCUCAAGUUAUAUAACUUGACCAUCUCUAAUAAUUAGGCCCCGUAUCUACGUGCAGUAGCCGUUGAACUUUGUAGCCGUCAAAAAAAAGUAGCCGUUGUACGUAGUUUUGUGAGAGAGAGAGCCCAAUGAUUCGAAACCAGAGAGCUCUGUAUUCUCUCCUUCUUCUUCAAGAAACCAAAAAAAAAAAAACAAAGAAAUCCAUUCAUCUCUCCUUCUCCUACCUGAUGCAGUUCUCUUCUCCCAUACAGAUACGCUCGACGAUAGAGAUAGAUCUCUGCGACAUCAAAACUUGUGGCAUCCGUAAGUUAAUUGAUAUUUCACAGGCGAAGAAGAGAUGGGCAGUGUGAAAGCGAAACAGCUAAGGAGGUUCCAUGGCCGAACUCUGUCAAUUAAUUUUUCAUCUUCUGACUUCUGAGAACCCUUCCAGAUUCGAUUUUUCGAAAGAGGAUACUACAGGAGGAAAAGAGAUCGUCUCAGUGAAAGCGUUUCGUCUCGGUAUCACUGACUCAACGGUGCGGAGAAAAAAACACCUCUCUCGCUUUUGGGCCCUUGGAACUGGGCUUUCCACUCCACAGUCCAAUAAGAAAAAACGUAGAGAAAGAGAAGGAAGAGAGAGAGAGAAGCGACUCGAUUUAGGGCCACGAAUUGGCGCGAAUCCGUAGGGGAAGAAACACAGAACUCGGCGGCGAAGAAGACUAUGGCACUCUCGGAAUUUUUCAUUCCCUAUUCUCUCUUCCUGUUUUUUCGUUUUUUCCCCUCUUUCGAUCCAUUUCAGUUUUUUACUGAUUUGAUUUCAGAUUUAUGGCUGAUCCGAUUGAGAGUGGUGUUGAAUUUGUUGUAAUUUCGACGUGUUUCCCAAUAAUUUGUUAGCUUCCUUGUGUACCAAGUCACUUUCCCCAGAUAUUUCCCUCAUGGAGCAUUGGAUUUGAAGACUCCAAAAUGGGAACUCCAGUUAACAUUAUUGUAGGCUCUCAUGUCUGGAUUGAAGAGCCAGAUGUGGCUUGGAUUGAUGGGCUGGUCGAAAAGAUCAAUGGACAAGAUGUUGAGGUUCUGGCAACAAAUGGAAAGAAGAUCACUGCAAAGUUGUCAAAGAUAUACCCAAAAGACAUGGAAGCACCUGCAGGUGGAGUUGAUGACAUGACAAAACUAUCUUACCUGCAUGAGCCUGGUGUUCUUCAGAACUUAAAGAUCAGAUAUGAACUUAACGAGAUUUAUACAUACACCGGAAAUAUCCUUAUCGCUAUUAAUCCAUUUCAACGGCUGCCGCACAUUUAUGAUGCCCAUAUGAUGCAACAAUACAAAGGAGCUCCAUUUGGUGAAUUAAGUCCUCAUGUUUUUGCAGUGGCUGAUGUUGCAUACAGGGCAAUGAUCAACGAGGGCAAAAGCAAUUCCAUUCUGGUAAGUGGUGAGAGUGGAGCAGGAAAAACUGAAACCACGAAGAUGCUUAUGAGGUACCUUGCAUAUCUUGGAGGCCGUGCUGUUACAGAAGGACGCACAGUUGAACAACAAGUUCUUGAAUCAAAUCCUGUCCUUGAGGCCUUUGGUAACGCCAAAACUGUCAGGAACAACAAUUCGAGUCGGUUUGGUAAAUUUGUUGAAAUCCAAUUUGAUAAGCAAGGAAGAAUAUCUGGAGCUGCUGUAAGGACGUAUCUUCUAGAGAGGUCUCGUGUCUGUCAGAUUUCUGAUCCUGAGCGCAACUACCACUGUUUUUAUCUCUUAUGUGCUGCACCACAGGAGGAGAUCGAAAAGUACAAGUUGGGUCACCCAAAGACGUUUCAUUACCUGAACCAGUCGAAAUGCUUCGAACUUGUUGGUAUAAGUGAUGCUCAUGAUUAUAUUGCGACAAGAAGAGCAAUGGAUAUUGUCGGGAUGAGCGAAAAGGAACAGGAAGCAAUUUUCAGAGUGGUUGCUGCAAUUCUUCACAUUGGAAACAUCGAAUUUACCAAGGGAAAGGAAGUGGAUUCAUCAGUUCCCAAAGACGACAAGGCGAAGUUUCAUCUUAACACAGUGGCAGAACUUCUCAUGUGUGAUGUAAAGGCACUUGAAGAUGCACUGUGUAAACGUGUUAUGGUCACACCUGAGGAAGUUAUCAAGAGAAGUCUAGAUCCACAGAGUGCGUUAAUCAGCAGGGAUGGUCUAGCUAAGACUAUUUAUUCUCGGUUGUUUGAUUGGUUGGUAGAAAAGAUCAAUGUCUCAAUUGGCCAAGAUGCGAAUUCUAGAUCACUCAUUGGGGUCCUUGAUAUUUAUGGGUUCGAGAGCUUUAAAACAAAUAGUUUCGAACAGUUCUGUAUUAAUUUCACAAAUGAGAAGUUGCAGCAACAUUUCAAUCAGCACGUUUUCAAGAUGGAACAAGAAGAAUACACAAAAGAAGCAAUAAAUUGGAGCUACAUUGAAUUUGUGGACAAUCAAGAUGUUCUUGAUCUUAUUGAAAAGAAACCGGGUGGAAUUGUGGCACUCCUUGAUGAAGCAUGUAUGUUUCCGAAAUCAACCCAUGAAACAUUUGCGAACAAGCUUUAUCAGACUUUUAAGACCCACAAGAGGUUCAUCAAGCCAAAACUCUCUCGAACAGAUUUUGCUGUUGCUCAUUACGCUGGAGAAGUCCAGUAUCAGUCUGAUCUAUUUCUGGACAAAAACAAGGAUUAUGUGAUCGCUGAACAUCAAGAGUUGUUGGGUGCUUCGAAGUGUCCUUUUGUUGUGGGCCUCUUUCCUCCACUCCCGGAAGAAACAUCUAAAUCUUCAAAGUUUUCGUCCAUUGGCUCUCGCUUUAAGCUGCAACUUCAGCAACUGAUGGAAACAUUAAACUCUACCGAGCCUCACUACAUCAGAUGUGUGAAGCCCAAUAACCUAUUGAAGCCUGCCGUAUUUGAGAAUGUCAAUAUCAUGCAGCAACUCCGGUGUGGUGGUGUUUUGGAAGCAAUCAGAAUCAGUUGUGCGGGGUAUCCCACUCGUAAACCUUUCUUUGAGUUCAUUAACCGUUUUGGACUUCUAUGUCCUGGAGCUCUAGAAGGGAACUACGAUGAGAAGGCUGCAUCAAAAAAGAUCUUGGAUAAUAUUGGACUCCAAGGAUACCAGAUUGGUAAAACUAAGAUAUUUUUAAGGGCGGGCCAGAUGGCUGAACUCGAUGCUAGAAGAACUCUGGUUCUUAGUGCUGCUGCCAAAAAAAUUCAAAGACGGAUACGGACUCAUCAGGCCCGAAAACGAUUCAUUUUACUAAGAGAAGCCACCAUAUCUCUCCAAGCUUUAUGUAGAGGAAGGCUAUCGUCCAAAGUUUACGAAAACUUGAGAAGACAAGCUGCUGCUGUGAAGAUUCAGAAGAAUGCUCGGAGAUUACAUUCUAGAAAAUCAUACAAAAACCUCCAUGUAGCAGCGCUUGCUGUACAGACAGGUCUAAGAGCAAUGAGUGCUUAUAACCAAUUCCGAUUCAGGAAGCAAACAAAGAAUGCUACAACUAUUCAGGCUCAGUGGCGUUGUCACAGGGCAACCAUGUACUACAAGAAGCUUAAGAAAGGAGUGAUCCUGUCGCAGACACUAUGGAGAGGCAAACUUGCAAGGAGAGAACUUCGAAAACUCAAAAUGGCUUCAAGGGAAACAGGGGCAUUGAAAGAGGCAAAGGAUAUGCUUGAAAAGAAAGUCGAAGAACUCACAUAUCGUGCGCAGUUGGAGAAACGCUCAAGGGUUGACCUGGAAGAAGAAAAGAAUCAGGAGAUAAAGAAACUGCAGAGUUCAUUAGAGGAAAUGCGAAAGAAAGUGGAAGAAACAAAUGCGCUUCUUGUAAAGGAACGUGAAGCUGCUAAAAAGGCCAUUGAAGAAGCACCACCUGUUGUAACAGAAACACAAGUCUUAGUUGAAGAUACCCAGAAGAUUGAAGCAUUGACAGAAGAAGUAGAAGGUCUAAAGGCUAAUCUUGAACAAGAGAAAGAAAGGGCCGAUGAUGCAGCAAGGAAAUUUGAUGAAGCUCAAGAGUCUAGUGAUGAAAGAAAGAAAAAGUUGGAAGAAACAGAGAAAAAAGCUCAGCAGCUCCAAGAAUCAGUGACAAGGCUGGAGGAAAAAUGCAACAAUUUAGAAUCAGAGAAUAAAGUGUUACGACAACAAGCUGUGUCCAUUGCACCAAAUAAGUUUCUCUCUGGCCGGUCCAGGUCGAUUUUACAGAGAGGUUCAGAGAGUGGUCAUCUAUCAGUUGAUGCAAGGCCAAAUUUGGAUCUGCAUAGCCAUUCAAUAAACCGUAGGGAUCCAUCUGAAGUGGACGAUAAGCCACAGAAAUCACUAAAUGAGAAGCAGCAAGAAAACCAAGAGCUGCUUAUCCGCUGCAUCGUUCAACACUUGGGUUUCCAAGGGAACCGACCUGUUACGGCAUGUAUUAUAUACAAAUGCUUAUUGCAAUGGCGGUCAUUUGAAGUUGAAAGAACUAGUGUCUUUGAUAGGAUCAUUCAGACAAUAGGACAAGCUAUUGAGACGCAAGAUAACAACAACGUACUAGCAUAUUGGUUAUCCAAUGCCUCGACAUUGCUUUUACUCCUCCAACGCACACUUAAAGCUAGUGGGGCAGCAGGAUUGGCUCCACAGCGCCGCCGCUCAUCUUCUGCGACUCUCUUUGGAAGGAUGACUCAGAGCUUUCGUGGAACACCCCAAGGUGUGAAUCUUGCCAUGAUAAACGGUGGAGUGGAUACCUUAAGGCAAGUUGAGGCGAAAUACCCAGCUCUACUCUUCAAGCAGCAGCUAACAGCUUAUGUUGAAAAGAUAUAUGGAAUGAUUCGUGAUAAUUUAAAGAAAGAGAUUUCUCCACUCCUUGGACUGUGUAUUCAGGCACCAAGAACAUCAAGGGCGAGUCUGGUGAAAGGAGCAUCUCGUUCCGUGGGCAACACUGCAGCUCAGCAAGCAUUGAUCGCCCACUGGCAAGGAAUUGUAAAGAGCCUUACAAACUUCCUGAACACUCUUAAAUCGAACCAUGUUCCUCCAUUCUUGGUCCGGAAGGUGUUUACGCAGAUAUUCUCAUUCAUCAAUGUUCAACUGUUUAACAGCCUUUUGUUAAGGCGGGAGUGUUGUUCAUUUAGCAAUGGGGAAUACGUAAAAGCAGGAUUGGCUGAAUUGGAGCACUGGUGUUACAAGGCAACAGAUGAGUAUGCGGGUUCUUCUUGGGAUGAGCUGAAGCAUAUCAGACAGGCCAUCGGGUUUCUGGUCAUACACCAAAAACCUAAAAAAACCUUGGACGAGAUAAGUCAUGAUCUGUGUCCGGUGCUCAGCAUACAACAGCUAUACCGAAUAAGUACCAUGUACUGGGACGACAAGUAUGGAACUCAUAGCGUAUCCCCAGACGUGAUAGCAAAUAUGAGGGUACUAAUGACAGAAGAUUCAAACAAUGCUGUUAGUAACUCUUUUCUAUUGGAUGACGAUUCCAGUAUUCCUUUCUCGGUUGAUGAUUUGUCGAAAUCGAUGGAGCGGAUAGAGAUCGGAGAUGUAGAACCACCACCGCUCAUCCGGGAGAAUUCUGGGUUUAGCUUUCUAUUGCCAUGUUCUGACUGAUAAAAUGAAUUGGUUUCAAUAAGUUUACACCAUCACUGUGUAGCUUUGAUAAUCCUUCUGUUUUGAAUAGAGGUAUCAAUAAGUUCAACUUUGAGAUUAUAUAAUUCACACUUUUUAAA